ACGGUUGAGUUCAUAGACUUCAGAUGAUCGCGGUGGCUCCUGUGCUUAGCUGAAGAAGAACCCUGCUGCAUUGUGGAUAAUUUUUUUGGCUUUAUCGUUUUUAAACAUUCCCAACCAUGGCGAAGUCUGGAUACGCCUACUACAGGACUACUAUCUUCCUUGCCAUGUUUGUGGGAUACACAUUGUAUUACUUUAACAGGAAGACGUUUUCAUUUGUUAUGCCUUCUGUAAUGCAGGAGAUCUCGCUGGAUAAGGAUGACCUGGGACUUAUCACCAGCAGUCAGUCACUGGCUUACGCCAUCAGCAAAUUUAUAAGCGGUGUUCUCUCGGACCAAAUCAGUGCCCGAUGGCUUUUCUCCAUUGGCCUCUUUAUGGUUGGCAUCAUCAAUGUGGUUUUCUCCUGGUCCUCCUCUGUGGCGAUAUUUGCGGGCCUGUGGUUUCUGAAUGGACUUGGUCAGGGUCUGGGUUGGCCACCAUGUGCAAAAGUACUACGUAAGUGGUUUGAGCCAUCUCAGUUUGGGACGUGGUGGGCAGUGCUUUCCUGCAGUAUGAAUUUGGCCGGGGGUCUUGGUCCCAUUAUUGCCACAGUGAUGGCUCAGAGUUACAGCUGGAGGUCCACAUUGUCCAUCUCUGGCCUGACCUGUGUGGUCACGUCCAUCUUCUGUCUGCUGAUUAUCCGAAAUGAGCCCAGCGAAGUCGGCCUGCCCAAUAUUGACGCCGGUCCAAAGAAAGGCAAAGGAGGCUCUGGCAAAGACGAAAGCACCUUCAAAGACUUCAUCCUUUCUCCAUAUUUGUGGGUGUUAUCAUUGGGCUACCUGGUGGUGUUUGGGGUAAAGACAGCUUACACUGACUGGGGACAGCUGUUUCUCAUCCAGGACAAGGGCCAGUCAACACUAAUGGGCAGUUCUUUCAUGAGCGCACUUGAGAUCGGAGGACUGUUGGGGAGUUUAGCAGCGGGAUACCUGUCAGACAGGGCCGUAGCAAAGCAAGGAUUGAGUUUGCAUGGAAAUCCUCGGCAUGGUCUCCUGCUCUCCAUGAUGGCUGGGAUGUGCAUCUCCAUGUAUCUUUUCCGCACCACUGUCACGGCACACAGCUCAAAUGUCUGGAUUCUUUUGUUGGGGGCGGCAUUUGGCUUUUCUUCAUAUGGACCAAUUGCUUUAUUUGGAGUUCUUGCGAAUGAGAGCGCACCGUCAAACUACUGCGGAACCUCCCAUGCCAUUGUUGCUUUGAUGGCAAACAUUGGUGGUUUUCUCUCAGGGCUGCCUUUUGGCACAAUUGCCAAACACUACGGCUGGAACACAGCAUUCUGGGUAGUCGAGGUAUUCUGUAUGGUCACCACGAUUGGUUAUUUCCUGCUCCGGAAUAUCCGCACCAAGAUGGGAAGCAUACCCAAGAAGAAUGACUAAGCAUCAGUUUAUUAUUUAAAUGUCUUUUAACUAGAUUAUAAGGUGCCAUUUUUUUUAGGAAUUAUCUUUGGUGUUUGUUAAAUUAUGGAUGGAUAUUCAUAUUAUUUUCACUAACGACAGAUGAAUAUAUUGAAAACAAUGAACUGUUGUAAGGCUUUUGCAGUUGUAGUAUUACUGAAAAUGACAUCAAACACACCUUUUUUGGGGAACUUUCUAAUUUUUUUACCAGUGUACAACAUAACAUGCUGUGGACAUUGCUUUCAGAAAAGUGUUAUUUAUUCUGUAUUCCAUUCAAACUGGAUGACAGUAUUUUAAACUGUUCUGAUCACUAAAUACUGACGUUACUGCCAGUUACUGGAUUUGAUCUACUUGCAAGAGUUUAUAAAGCCUUUUUUUCUCAGUGGUAUUAACAUCAUCAUCAGUUUUUAAAUGAUGUUUAAACUGGUCCUACCUCUCUAUCUGUAUUACAAAAUUUAUAAAUGUGUAUAAUGAAAUAUGCAAAUGUUUUACCACAUGAUUUUUAAAUAGCACAAUAAAUGAGUUUAUAUAAAUAAAA